GCAGCACUGCUCUGGGGUUAAGUGACAAUUGCAUCUUUCGUAAAUAUUACAAACGCGGUGACCGUAUAAUUGGCUUAUUCAUAGCAUUUGCAAGCCGGCAUAAUGGAGGUGUGCGGCAGUGUUUUAGUUAGCAACAAUUACCAGCAGUUUCGGCUGAAGUGCAUAUACUGUACAAUUGAAAGCGACCUAAAAGACUGGGAGCAGUUUACGUUUCAUGUGAGAAAUGCCCACUACUUUGAGGAUGAUGAAAACAUUGAGCAAGAGUCAACCAUCGAGGGAAUGGAUCCCACAAUCACAUAUGAAGUUCCUCAAGAGUUGGACGAAGCGGAACACAUUGAAGAAGUGCAUGACCAGAGUAGCUUGCCAUUUCGCAUACUCAAAGACGAGGACUGGCCCAACGAUGAGACGGAUGAGAACAAUAUGCAAUACGUCGAGGACAUUGUUUAUGACAAUAACAAUACAGAAGUCACAUAUCAGGAAAUGGAAACGACCGAAAUGGCGCAGGCCUCCUUCGAUGAAAAUGUGUACGACGGUUUCUUGAGCACUGGUUCUCAGCAGGCUGCAGUAUUUGAUGAUCUAGAUAAUUUCUCGUAUGAUGAACAGGAAGAGGAACAGGAAGAAGAGUGGCCAAAAAGAUUUGGCCGUCCUCCCAAAAGAACGCGACCUGGACAAGUUCUUAAGUUAAAGGUUACAUUUAUUCGACGCAAUCCACGCGUGCUACACCUUAUCGAAGCUUACAAGGAGCAUCCCUGCCUAUGGAAUCCCUCCGACGAGUACUACGACAAUGAGGAAGCACGAUCGGAGGCGUACCACCUGAUGAUACUGCGAUUGGACGAGAAAGCCAAUGUGCUCUUCACCGAAGAAGAGCUGAGGAAAACCAUCCAGCAGCUGCACAGCCAAUACACUCUUGCAGCCCAAAUGGCUGGCGAAAAUAAGCUCAUUGGGCUGGCGGCCCGAUACUUUGCCAAAUGUGAUUUCCUCCGUUCCACGCCCUGUACAACCCUAACCGAUGACGAGGAAGAUAUCCAACUGGAUACAAUUAAGCUCAACUUCAAAGUGGAGAACGAGGUGACCAGCGCUUUUAUAGAAACGUAUGCAAACUAUCCAAUGCUCUACAAUACCAUGCAUACUGAUUUUGAUUCGGUGGAGGAACGCACAAGAGCCUACAAAAAGUUGGCCAAAGAAUUCAGGCCUGUGGUUCUGGCCAACGAUACGGAUGUUUAUAUUGCGAUCCAAAAGCUGCGGAAAUGGGCAUACGAAGCCAUGAGGCGUAUGAAGGCGAAGGAACUGAUCAAAGCCUGCAGCUCACAGGAACUGCAGUACCUGCAAAUGUGCAGCUUUCUGCCCGUCAAACCGGAUGGCCAUGUAUGGUACUGUGAACACUGCGGAAAGCGAUUCCAUGGCGACUACAACCUCCGGACGCACAUGUUCAAACAGCAUAACAUGGGUGAGCCGCCCUUCCUCUGCUCCCAGUGCCCCAGGCGCUUCGAAAGACAACAUGACAUGGAGAAACACAUAUUGAGAGCGCACUCUGAUCGCCAAUUUCAAUGCAAAUUUUGCGAAAAGCUUUUUUCCGUCGAGUGUGAUCUGAAAGUGCACCUGAAAGUUCAUACCGGCGAGCGCCCAUAUGUGUGUGAGUUUUGCGGGAAGGGGUUCCGGCUGAAGCUGCUGCUGGAUCACCAUGUCAAUGGUGUCCACCUGAAUAUACGGCCAUUCAAGUGUGAUAUGUGCGAAAAAAAUUUCAGAAAGAAAUUUGAACUUAUGAAUCACCUCAAGGGGCAUUUAAAUAUUCGUGAUAAGAAGUGCGACAAAUGCGACGCUACGUUCUAUGACCAUUCUUCGCUAUCCCGACAUCGUAGAUUUAACCAUAGAAAUAAAUUCGAAUAGACAUCUCAUUUUGUUAGUCUCUGGAAAACAGACUUGUAUUUAAUAAGUCUAAGGAGUUGCAUCAAGCUGCCAAUGGGGCUUUCUUGUUUCUUGAAAUGAAAUU